UCCUCAUUCCAGCAAAGCCAAGUCCUCCUGUAAUAAGUAAGGAUGGUGAAGUAUUGGAAAAUGCUUCAAUUGUCGGACCAUUUAUGGAAGGAGAAACUAUUUCACUCAGAUGUAUUAGUGCCGGAGGAAAACCCGCUCCGGAAGUGACUUGGUGGAACGGAAGUAACAGCCUUCCGUCCAAGUCUGGUACCACAGACGAAGAACUAGGAACCAGUAACGUGACAUCUUCUACUCAAUUUGUGAUUUCCAGGAGUGACUUGGGAGCAAAAUUAGGAUGCAAAGUGAAGAACGACGCAAUUGAACAACAUCUGACCUCAUGGAUUGAACUGGACGUUCAUGUUAAACCAUCUUCACUGGAGAUAGAAGGACCCACUGUUCCAGUGAUUUCAGGAGAUACGGUGUGGCUUACUUGUACGGUAGUGGGUGCUAAACCGGCAGCAAACGUCAUUUGGUACAACCAUACAAAAGUGGUUGAGCCCCAACCUCAGUCGUACUCUGAACUAAUGAAUGAUGGUACUCUAAAAACAGUCAGUCAGUUAGAGAUUACUAUUUCCCAAUUUGACCACCAGGGAACGUUUUUUUGUGAGGGAAGUAAUCCAGUGAUGCAGAAGAAGGGAGAUUCUCCCCUUCUGAAGUCUAUUGACUUGGAAGUUUUGUAUUCCCCUGUGGUGGAAGUUCAACCAGCUGGAGGUUUAAUUGUUAAUGAGACCAACGAAGCAAAGUUUUUCUGCACUUUCAAGGCCAAUCCGUCCAACAUAAGUGAAGUCAUUUGGUACAAGGACGGGAUGGAAUUACCUCUUGACGAAGACGAAAGAUUCGAGCUUAACGAUCCAGGAGUUCCAACAAUGACCAUUCAAAACGUUUCUCGAAAUGACCGAGGGCUUUUCUCUUGCAGCCUCAGAAACAUUGUCGGUUUAGGGAAUUCAAGCAACUUAGUGAAUAUCAACAUUCUUUAUCCACCUGCGGUGCAGGCAACCGUAUCCCCGGCAACAGUUAACGAAGGCGACGAUGGGAGCGUCUCUCUCCAGUGCGAUAUCGUGGACGGAAACCCGCAGAACCUUCUCCGAGUUCGAUGGUAUAAAGACGACGAAUUGCAGAACGAGGUUACGGAGAAUAAGAUUGUUUGGCAGAACAUAAGCAGGAACUUCACCGCUAAUUACUCGUGUGAGGGGGAGAAUGCCGCCGGAUGGGGAGAACGUUCAGAGCCGAAGGAGCUAGUAGUGAACUAUAUUCCUGGACCUGCCAUUAUUAUCGAACGAAAUCUUUCAGCAGUGAAAAGUCAACCAAUGACACUAGAAUGUAUGGUGGAAGACUUAGGUCGUCCGCCGGCUUCUGUGUUUCAUUGGGAACACCUCGGUGAAGAUGUUCACGAUACUGCCCAGAAUCUGACUAUCGAGUCGAUUAGUCUGAGCAGCAGGGGAAACUACACGUGCUCAGCGGUAAAUAUUGUUGGCAGUGGCCAGAAGGGGGAGUUCUAUCUAUUUCCGAAGGCACCACCUGCAGUGAUUGUUCAAUUGCCUGAUAUACAUGGAGCGCCGUCUGACGCCGAAAAUGUCAGCUUGACUUGUAUAAUUGAAUGUGAACCGCUUUGUGAUAUCGAAUGGCUUAGAAAUGAUGAGAGCAUUAUGGAUUCUUAUUUAUAUUCAAUCGAAACAACAAUAUUACCCGAGGACCCGGCUUCUGGACACUUCAGCACUUUGUCCAGUACACUUCAAUGGAACAUAACGGCUUGGCCAACGGGCAAGCUUGACCGUGGUUCCGAUAAUGCUAAUUACACGUGCUUAAGUAGUGGAAACAGUGUUGGGCCUGGUGUAAGUACCUCAACGGUUUUCAAAGUUGAAUUUACUCCAGAGAAUAUAACUCUGUCUGUGGACCAACUAGACGUUGUAGAAGGGAACGUUCCAGAGAAGAUUAACUGCUCAGCGAACUCUUGGCCUCCCAGCGAGUACACGUGGAAAUUCUCCAAUAAAAUCAUUUCCAACUCUUCACAGCUUUUCCUUAAUGAUACAAUUUCCCGCACGAGGGCAGGAACUUACGUGUGUAUAGCCAGUAACAAGCACGGCAAAGCAGUAGCAGAGACUGUUAUAAAUAUUUUGUAUAAGCCAGACUGUAAUAUUUCACAUUACAAAAGUGAAGAUAAUGAGGAGAAGCUAAUGUGCACUGCUCAAGCUAAUCCUGUAUUCGUCAACUUCACGUGGAUGAAGAACAACGAAACGCUGGAAGAUUUUGUUGUAGUAGAGGGAACCAGAAGCUUAUUAAUGUUGGGGAAUUCUGGUUCGGGACGUCACGGAAAAUAUUACUGUAUUGUAAACAACACAAUUGGAGAGUCAAUUCCGUGCACUUUGGAACUUAAGGGAGCAUUAGGUACGGCAGGAUGGCAUGGAGAUGAAAAUAUCAUUAUAAUUGCUGCCGCUGUCGCUGCUGUUAUUGUUCUAUUAAUCAUCAUUAUCAUCAUUAUCAUCUUGUUGAUGAAAAGAAAGACUCGCACCGGUCCGAAAGACGCGCUGGAAGGAAGAGAAACACCAGAGGGUCGUGUGCAACCUGCAGAAGCUACACCUGUUCCCAAACCUGGGUUUCGUAAACCUUAUAAUACAAACGGAAGUCGAAACCUCAAAAACGGAAACACAGGUUCUGGUACUCCCAAAAAAGGUAAGUCUGAUGGCGAUCCGGUCUAUCAAAACGUCACAGAUGCAGACAGAAAAGAAAAUGGAUCACCUGUAGCAGAACCUGAGAGUCGGCCUAUGUAUGAAAAUAUGAAAUUUCACCAAAGAGAACCCAAAGGGCCUUUCAGACCAGACAUAAGUGACGACAUGCUAUAUGCUGAUAUGUAUGAUGACGUCAAAUUGGGGAAGGUUCCGGAUCCUCGGAUGAAGCCUCCACUGCCCCCAAAAGGCAUCGGCAAGGAACCCAAGGAACCACCUCUUCCUCCAAAGACGAAGAAGAAGUCCACUACGUAAAACUUAGGAGUUUAAUACCUUCUACCUUACAAUGACGGGCCUUGAAGGUGUGGAUGUAGACCUAUCUGUCGGCGCAUAUCAACAUUUUGAAUGACGAUCUGUUGCUAAACUAUUUUGGUGAUGCUAAUCUGUUCCAAAAAAACCUGUGGUGUAAAACUAUGUAGAAAUAUCUAUGAAACUUUUACAACAAGAAAUGAGUGUGAUCUUAGUCGUGAUUUUGUUUUGUUUUUCUUUUGAAUGACUUGUUUUGUGCUAACGUUGCUAUUGAGAAGCAUAAACGUGUAAUUAUAUAGCCUCAAAAAUGAGUUUAGUUAGUGUGAUUAAAUAUUUCUUUUAACAAUGUAAAUGCGAUGACUAUUGUUGUGAAAAUACUUACUUGUAUGCAUAUCAAAAACUAGGGUUAAUUCAAUAAUACGCAAAUGUUUUAUUUUCGCUCUGAAAAUAAUAAAAUUAAAAGUAGUUAUCAAUAGAGGGCUCUCUUUUGACUUGAAAAACCGAGGUGUAUCGUUUGUCUACAUUAUCAUCGAUAGAAAAAAAGAACUAGUACAAAAUUGGAAGUUGUAACUGAAAUGUUACACCUUUUUGGUGAACUGGUGUAUUUAUACACAGAAAUGGAUCAGACCAUCAUCUAAUCAGUGUUGACAGUACAACUUCUUUCAACUGUACGUUACCUAAACACGUGUUCUAAACAUGAAAUAUUAUUUGGUUUGUUAUAUUUUCGAUACUUAAUAACGCGCUUAUCUAUUGAAAUUUAGACGUUUAUUAUUACAUUAAAUAUUUGUUUUAUAUACUGGUCCAUUGACUGUCUUGAACUUAGGAAACGAAAACAAGGAGGUUAUUAUUCUGGUAUUAAAGUUUGUGGAUCAAGGUUGUUU